AUGAAGUUCUCCCUCAUCAUCACCAUCGUCAUCACACUGGCCAUCGGCUCUCAGGCUGCCAGCCUGGUCAAGCGAGAAAGUUCUCAAAUUCCUCCCGAGCUUGAAAAGAUCGGCAGUUACUUCCAGAACUUCAUCCAAAACCUUAAAACCCUUGAUUCCCCUGAGCUGGCCAACCAGGCCAGAGCUUACAUUGAUGAGAGCAAAGCUCAGCUCCAGCCCGUGGUUGAGAAGCUCCAGGAGCAGCUGAAGCCCCUCUCCACCAACAUCGAGGAGAAGAUCGAGCCCCUGGCUGCCUCCGUCCGUGCUCACAUCUCCCCCUACACCAACCUGCUCCAGAGCCAGGUCGAGGACCUUCUCAAGUUCGUGGUUGAUCAGACCAAGGCCAUCCUGCCCCCUCAGUAA